AUUGAACGACGCGUUAUAGCGAUCACUCUUUAUUAUCUUCCACUGGACAAGGUGCUUUUCCCCCGGGAUUACGGACAUCGGGUUGUGGCCACAUCGCGAUACCGUUGCCUGGAGACACAUGCGCCGGAGCUGCUCCCCUGUGACGAUCGAGCAGCGCAAGUCCUCCUGGAGCUCCACACCGACGGCUUGAUGAGUACCAGAGCUCUUUCGCCGGGCAGUCGUCCAAGAUCGUUUGGAUGCACCCUCUAAACCCCUUCCUGCGAGCCUUCUUCCGAAGCACUGUCCCGGGGCAGUGCCUGCCGAUCGAGAAUCAUGUCCUUCUAGUGCCUGUGACUGAAUCCUUGGUCGGGUCGCGCGACCGCGAAUCAUCUCUCUUCUAUUCCGACCUCGUCGUCUCCGAAGAAUUUCUGGGAAGCCAUACCUUGCGGGCCCCCGUCCCGAACGGAGCUGCCGGAGGGAAGGAUGAUUCGAACGUUCGCGACAACAGAGGAAAGGCGAAGCAGGUAACUACCGUAAAUGGGCGCACAGUGAUAAUAAAGGAGAAUUCGGUGUACAGUAACAAAGGCUUCAAAUCUCUCACUCAGGUCCAGCUGGUGUCAGAUGCUCUCUACUAUACCCCAAGCCACGACUCGCAGCCAUGGCUGAUCUACUACAUCUCGCGGCCGUUGAUCGGCUCGUUCGACCCUGGGAAGAUCAUCUCCGCCGUGGUGCCUGGGGCAUUACCACACAAGAAGGUUACCGGUGGGGUCAAGCCUGGAGAGUCGGCGGGUGCGCCACAAAAGAAGGAGAUCAAGUCCUUCAGUGAACUGCUCGAGCAUUUCCCGAUGAUCGCCAGACAGAUGCAGCCGGGCUUGGAGAGGCUGUUUCGAGAAUUCGGAAAAGAACUGGGAAAGCCGUUGCCGCCGCCACCGUCUCGCUCGCCGCGAACGUUUGAUGACUAUGAGCGGGGGCGAGACCGUGACGACUUCCCUUUUGAUGAGGUCGCGUCGACUCGAAGCUCUGUAUCGUCUCGCAAGGAUGGGCUUCCGUUCAAUUCCGAGGAGUAUUUCGAAGACGACGAAGACUUGAUGCGCCGGAGCCUCGAGACCGCCGUGACAGCCGCGAUUGACCUAUUCCGGCUCGUCGACAAGCAACAAUUAUCUUACCUUGGCGCCACAACAGAUCUCACCGGGCCGUUGGUGGAACGACUCAUCGAGCGGUAUGUCGCCGAGCAGGUCCAUGAAUCACUCCUCUUCCCCCGGCUAUGCAAAUUUCGCCGGCCUGAGGACGCAGAACUCGAAUCUCGAAUACGUCAAAUGGAGAGUAUAGACGUCUCGCAAGUGGGCAUCUCCGUCGAAGGCGGCCGUGAAGGCAAAAGAGAGCUGUUGCGACGACUCGGCAGGGCAGUGGAAGAAUUUCGGAAGAUCCUAGACGGCAAAAGCCCCCACGAAAUGCUGAGCAUCUUGCUCGAGACCGUCAAGAUUCUGUCGUAUUCGGGAAGUUAUGACAGACUGAAUCCACAAUCAUCUGAAAAGCAGCCAGUCGUGACAGUCAAUGCCGACGUAUUGGUUUCCCUGCUACUCGUGGUGGUCAUCCGGUCCCAGGUCAAGCAUCUUCAAGCUCGACUCCUAUACAUGCAGCAUUUCAUCUACAUCGAUGAUGUUGAUAGUGGCGAAAUGGGCUACGCUUUGAGUACAUUCGAAGGCGUUCUCACCUAUCUAGUGACCGAUUCGGCUGGUCUCCGAAGGUCUAGUAUUCGGAAUAGGCGCCUUUGGAGUGCUACCAAAGCUGGACGAGUCAAUGACAUGAGAGCCAUCCUUGAACCCUAUGGUGAUGAUUCGGCUAUAGACGAGACGCCCAGCGAACACGACGAAACUUCUGUCUUUUUCAAUACCGAUGCUCACGACUCUGAACGCCACUUCCGCGCCGUUUUGCCCAUGCGCAACAGCAGAUCUGAUGGCCAUGUUGACCUGAACAAUCCGCCUGAAGCUCCACCACUUUCACAUGUCUUCCCUUUCCAGACAUGGGCAGAUGACUCUUCCCACACCGAUGUGCCCCGUCGUGUCAAGAAAGUGUCAAUGAAUGUUCGCAGCUUCUCAGAAUCGUCUGGUGUUUCGAUGAUUUCGCGAACCACCACCCUGGACUCAAUCAGCAGUGCUAUCGAAGGAGACAGCUCGAUCGAGACACUGACCAAGACGCAAGACCCUGCUGGUGAUUCUAUCCCCAUGAUGGCUGUGGAAAACCGCCGGGCGGACGCCUUGAGGUAUUUGCUCAGCCUCGAGGAGUAUUAUCCGCUAAAUGACAUCCUGGAGGACACAAAUACUGACGGGACGACAUUACUCAAUGCCGCCGUUCAGCUCGCUCAUACGGACAUAGUUGAUAUCUUGCUUGAUUUUCUUUUCGCGUCGGCUGACAAGGAUGCCAUUUCCUCGUACUUAGGGAUGGCAGAUGUGCAUGGGCGUACCGUUGCCCACUAUCUGUUCAGCUCACCAUCGGUGAUGCAUAGACUGAAUGGACUUCUUCCCUGGACACAACAUGAUAAGCACGGGCAAACGCCGCUUUUUGCCCUGUGUCGAUCUUACGACCAUCCCAAUUACAAUGCUAUGGUGAAUGAUGCAUUGACAGCUGCCCAAAAAUGCCAAAGGGAUGGCAAGCCUUUGCGACUGGAUGAGCACGUCGACUUAAGGGGCAAUACACUGUUGCACAUCGUCAGUGAUCCGGGAAUCACCAUUCGAAUCCUUCGAGAGAGCGAUUGCGAUCCAAACGCCACAAAUGACAAGAGAUUCACGCCGUUGAUGAUGGCGAGCAAGUACGGCCGCACCGACCAGGUGCGGAUCCUGUUCUUGGAUCCCCGCGUGGACGUUCAUCUCAAAGAAAGCCGCGGGCUGACCGCCGUGGAGCUCGCAAAGGACGACGAAGUUCGAAACCGCAUUGACGAUCUGAUCCUCGUCUUGCAACCUCCAUCGGUAGCAAACGAACCAUCCGGCCGUAUAACCACCGUAGUCCGGUCGUUCUUCGUCGAGGACGCAACUGUCCGCUUCGUCCUGAAAUCCGGUGCGCCGCACCGAAAGCCAGAUAACGCCACUGGGCCAAGCUCCACAACGACAUACACGGUCACCACCUGCCGCCGCAGCCUCGCCGACUUCGAAAAUCUUGCCAAAUGGCUCUCCGUCGAACAUCCAGCCUCCUACAUGCCGUCACUCUCUGGUUUCCGCAACCCCUUCCAAAUCCACUCCAAGCCAUCCCGCGCCGUGCUCCACGACAUGCAAGAGAAACUGGACCGCUUCCUCAAGACCCUCCUCACGCACCCCACCUUCUCCACUCACGAAAUGCUCUGGGAGUUCAUCCUCAUGCCCGAGCUCCAGCUCGAAAUGAUGGCCGACCGUUCCCAACACAAGGCGCUAGCUCUCACCGAGUCAAUCGCCGACGACUACGAGGAAAUAACCCAAGACGGCAUGCGCGAGACCGAGCAAUUCGUAUCGCACGCGCAGGAAGCAGUACGAGGCGUACACGCCAACACCCGCAGCGUCAUCCGACGCGGCCACGCACUGCACAACGCCGCCUCCGACAUGGCCGACGCCGCGUCGCUAGCCUCAUCCGCAAUCUCAACCCUCCAAGAGCCCACCUGCGCACUCCCAACCGCCCACGUCGACGCCUUCGCCCGCUACGCUUCAUACCUCUCCACUUCCGCCUCCGACUCCUCCCCACUCCUACAGUUCCUGGCCAGCCUCUCCGCCAUCGACAACACCACAACCGCCAUCCUAAGCUCGCUCACCCGCCCCGUCAAGCUCAUCUCCUCACUCGCAGCAUCAACCCGCGCGCUCUCGCGCUCUCGCUCCUCCCUCAUAUCCUCUUCCCUCCCCCGCAAAUUCAACAUCAAUCUCCCCGGCCUCGAAGAAUCGCGCCAGAAAUCCGCCCGCGACCUCGAGAACAAGGUCCAAGAAUCCGAGGCCCAAGUCGCCCACAUCUCCCGCGAGAUCACCUGGAACAAGGACGUUGUCGUCGGCGAGCUGGCCGGGUGGACCUCUUGGCGGGAGCAGAUCGGUCGUGAUGCGCUGCGUUCGUUCGUCAAGCAUACGUUGGUGCGGGAGAGGGAGAGAGGAAAGCGACUUGAGCGGUGUUUGCGAAAUGCGAGGGAUGGAUAAGCAGAGUGAGGGGGUAAAAUAUAUAGAUAAUUUUCUUUUUGUUUCUUUUUUUUUUUCCUUUUCUGUAGAAUUAGUCCUUUGGCGCAGUUUUGUUAUUCAU